UCAUCAAGUCUUCAGAACAUUUUCUCUUAAUAGUCAACAAAAAAGUGAGAGGAUCCCAAAAAUGUUUGAUAGUUCAGAGUAUUGUAGCACUGAUAUUCCUUCUCAAAAGUUAGAGAUAUUCCCAGACUCGACCUCUAUAAGAGAACGAGAGUUGGCAAAAUAAGGCGAAGAGAAAAGAGGCUCAAUUAAAAAUGUCCGUACCCCACAAAGACCAAGACCUGAAAGACAUAUGGUAUGCCUUGGACUACCAAGACAGAAGGAUUAACAAGCUUCUUGAAGAGAAUCAGGACUACAAAGACCGGCUCAAGUAUACAGAGAAAAGACUUGAUGUUGAAAUCAAGGAUAUCAAGAAGCAAAUCUCUGGUCUACAACAAAAUAUGGAGUCCAUAGUUGACAUUGUCAAGGUCUUCCAGAACCAGUUUGAACAGCUAAAGAGCAAGACUAUUAGGAAUACAAGUCCUGGAUCACCAAGAUUCUCAGCAGGCAUGUCUACUAGGUCUAGCAAUAAGAAGCAAGUAAACUUCAGCAGUAAGACUAAGAAGUAAGGGAAGAAAGUCUAAGCCUGCUGUUCAUCAAGCUGCCUUGACUGACACAGAGACUAACAAGAUGCAUGAUUUGCUAAAGAAGAACUAUACUACUUCAAAACCGAAGAAAACUCUUCAUGCCAAUAAGGCAAAAUCAAAAUCAAUAAGUUCUAGUGGGAUCAAGAACAAGCUCAAACAAUCUUCUUCUAAGAACCCCAGUGUUAGUAGGUCUCCUCAAAGAGAGAAUAAACAUGGAGCAGCCUCUCGAAACAAGAAGAAGUCUACAGUUGGUAAUCCAGAAAGGUGGAAGACUCAUGCGGUUAAGAGCUCCAUCGAGUCUUUAUCCAUUUCUUCUGAAAAACCAAAGGCAGCAUACUUCAAGAAUACCUUAGAUUCACAUAAUAGGAUCAGAUCUGGAGUAAUUAAAGGAGUGAAGAAGCACCCAUACAAAGUAACUCCAGUACAAAACGUAAGACUUUACGCGACUCAAGAUUUCUCAUCGAACAAUGAAAUAGAGGAACAGCUACCCCAAAUGAUGAAAUUCUUCUACAGUAAAGACUCGAGCAAUGUUGCUAAGUAUAAGCUUGAUUUGAGCACAGCUAUCAACCAGAACAACAAGAACUCUAGAAUGACUUGGAACAAAUAACUCGCUGUCUAUACUCCAUUGUUUUUCAGAAAUAUUGUAUU